AUGGAUCACACAUACGACCACAUGCCCGGACUAGACCAAGUCCGACGCAACUCGACCAUUUCUAUGGCUCGGUCAAUGCGUGUGGCCAAACAGGAGCGCAUAACUCUCGUAGAGCGAGAGGAAAAGCCACGGAAACAGAGGAAGCGAGCCCUAGUGGCAUGCAAUCGAUGCCGAAAGAGAAAGAUCAAGUGCAACGGUGACCUCAACAAUGGGCUUGCCUGCUCCAGCUGCCGUAGUGUUGGAGCUACCGAAUGCCAGUACAUACGAGUCAACUCUUUGGCCCCCGAAGACGCUGCUAGAGAAGCAGCUAGAUUUUAUGGAACCAAGGGUUCGGGAAGGUCAAUCCUCAUGGGCUCCCCUCAAAUGCGGGUUCCAUACCAGCGAGAAGAAUACGAGCUGGAUAUCCCCUCCAACUUCUCCCGGCAACACGUCGGCAUGGACCACGUUUAUGACAAUCAGUCAGCCCACUACCAUGGCCAGACAUCGCACGGGUACAUGAUGCCUAGCGUUUCGGGAGCAAUGCUCGACUAUGGCACCGCGGCAUGGAGCAACCGCGCCUGGGAUCUCAAUGGUAGACCCAACGGCGAGUUCUUCGAAGAACAAAGCAACCAUGCUGCAUAUGGCUUCGUCCUCUCAGGCCAAGGCAUAUCCCCCGACAUGCCCCAAUCAACAGGGGCAAUGACAGUGUCCUACACGGAUGCCGUAGACCGCACCCUCCCAACACCCCCAACCUGCCGAAGCCAACCCCAGCUGCAGCCAAACAUCAACCUGUCAACCCUGCCAGACGGCCUCUCAGGUAUGACCCUAGCCUCAGACGUAAAGAGCUGGAACUCGCGGUACGCACCCUCCCCAGACGGCCGCACAGUACCAAUGCACACCAUCCCAGGAAACGGUCUCUACAACGUUAGCCCCCCAACACGCAUUAAGUCAAGCGACUCAGACGCGGGAACACCCGACCUCUUCGGAUACGUCCCCAUGUCCACUGCGGACGGUCACUCCCCUAUUCCUUUAGCCCCAUGCUCCAUGGCCCCCUCCGCUGCAAACCCCCCCUUACCCGGCCCUGGAAACGAUAGAGGGAACUCUCGUGGGCGAGUACAACACGUCCGAUCCACCGACUUAGGACGUCGUCUUGUCGUGAUGGAUUCCAAUUGCAGCCCCGAUGUGUAUGGGUAUGUGGGCGGUGAUCGCAGGAAGUCGAGGGUUGCCGAGACGGAGGUGUGCUGCUCGGGGCCGACGCUUGUUAAUGGUUUGCCAUACAACCGCGUUCGACAUGUGGACUCGACGGUUGGUCUGCCCUGUGAUUUUUUAGCUGAAGACUUGUCUGAUUAUGGGCGAUCGGUUGAUAGUCUCCAUCGUUCUCCUGUUCCACCGCUGGGACAUCAGGGAGCAUAUUGA